AUGACCGACGAACAGCAUUUAAACUUCCAGAGCUCCCCGAGACAGCGUUUCUUGGGAUCCACUCACUCACGGGGUAGUGGGACUGUGGACAGCCCCAUUGCAGUUGAGGAUGAACUGGGCAGCACCAGAAGGCUGCUCUUCCCAUCGCCUAGAAGGGAUGGGACACCCAGGGCCCUCGGGGAGCUUUCACUGAAUGUAACGCAAGCAGUCGCGCAGGGACAAGAGGCGAAGUCGGCGGCAGCUGGGAAAGAGAACGGCGCAGACCAGGAGCGCCAAGGCACCCCUGUUCCCCAAGACGAACUUGAACAGGAGCUCUUCGGGACGCCUCCCGGACGCCCAUCGACGCCGCCCCCCAAGGCCGUAGCUGGCCCGUUUAAGACACCGACCCGCCCGACGCCGAGCCAUCGCCCCAUAACGCGGAGCAUCUCCCGGUCGAUCCGCUCCAGCAGGAGCAUCCCCAAAUCACCAGGUCAGCUCUUCGCUAGCCACCACCUCCAGCAGACGCCCACCAAAACCCCACGUUCCUCGGGCGGUUUCCUCCAUCCCGGUAGCGCUAGCAGGCGCCGCAGCCCCCGAGGCAACAACAACACCGCCCACAACACCCAGUUUUCGAUAGAACACGCCGACCACAACCAACUUCCCAUGACCAUGGGGCUACAAAUGCCCAUGGAGUUCGACUCGCCAUUCACCGCGACCCUGCACCAGCUGCUAAGCGAAGCUAACAACUUCAUCGGUAGCGGUUCGCCUUACCGCCAGGGAACGUCGGCGUCCGCGGCGGCGGGUGCAGGCGCAGUGGCCUCCUCGUCGGUGGGUGACCUUGAUCUGAGCCACCUGGACGUCGGCGGCGGCCCCGGUAGCGACACCGUGGUCGACUUUGGCAGCUUCCUCGGCACGGAUCUAGUCAUGCCUAGUAGUCCCCCUCUGCUAAGGGGUGCGCGGGCUGGGGGCGGCGGCGCAGGGGAGACGUUUGGAGGUGUGUUGCAGGAGGGGGGGAUGUGGAAUCAGCAGUCCAUGGGCGGGGAUGAUGGUGGGUCGAAGGGGGGGAGGUGA